CUGGGCACACAAUGCGUGUGAGAGAGCGAGAGAGUGUGAGUGAGUGAGAGAGCGACAGAGAGACAGAAAGACACAGACAGACAUGCGGAGCAAUGGGUGGGAGACUUUAGAGUGCUGGUGAAAAUGGAUUUUGGAAUUACACUUAAUCUGAGUACCCUAUUGAAAUGGAAAAUAAUAAGAUCCAUUCUCUGGAUAUUACUCUUUCUCGAAAGUGAUCUGAUUGAUGCUGUAAAUGUGUCGGGAAAAGAGGGAAUGAAAGUAACUUUACCGACUGGACUUACUGAACUGUCUAGCGGCACUGUUAUAGCAUGGUCUUUCCUAUUCAGUCGUUCAGAUUCAUUUGAUAAACUAGCUAUGCUGAAUGCUGGUGUGAUUAAAACGGACUACAGUAGGAGGUUCAAAGACAGACUGAAGCUGGAUACUCAGACUGGAUCUCUCACCAUCAGAAACCUCACCAUCAGCGACUCUGGACUUUAUAAAAUACUUAUCAUCAAUACACAGAGUUCAUCUAAGAUUGCAAAUCUAACUGUCUAUGCCUCAGUGUCUGCUCCUCACAUCAGUCCCUCAGUGGACAGUCCAUUUGAAAGCAUGAGCUGUUCCUUGGUGUGCACUGUGAAGAACGGGAGAGAGGUGAUCUUGUCCUGGUACAGAGGAGGGGAGAUUCUCAACCAGACCAGCAGCCCUGAUCUUCUAGCCAAUCUCUCUCUCCCUCUGGAGUUAAACAAAAUAAACGUUGACACCAACAGCUGUGAGGCUUCCAACCCUGCUGACUCAAAACCAACUCCACUCAACAUUGAAACGCUCUGCCCUCAAUUGUCCUCACGCUCUGCCCUCAAAGGACAGUAA